UAUUAUUUGGGUUGUGGGUAGAGAAAGGACAUAGUUCUCACUGCCUGAGACUUGUCUGCUGCUCCCCAACCCAUUCCUCUCCUGUUUUCCAGCAUGGUGUGUCUGUGGCUCCCUGAAGGCUCUGACAUGGCAACUCUGACAGUGAUACUGAUGAUGCUGAGUCCCCCCCUGGCUUUGGCCAGGGACACCCAACCACGUUUCUUGGAGGAAGUUAAACAUGAAUGUUACUUCACCAACGGGACGGAGCGCGUGCGGUUUCUGGACAGAUACUUCCAUAACCGGGAGGAGCACGUGCGCUUCGACAGCGACGUCGGGGAGUACCGCGCGGUCACCGAGCUGGGGCGGCCCGACGCCGAGUACUGGAACGGCCAGAAGGACCUCCUGGAGCAGAAGCGGGCCGCGGUGGACACCUACUGCAGACACAACUACGGGGUUGUAGAGAGCUUCACUGUGCAGAGGAGAGUUAAGCCUAAGGUCACUGUGUACCCCACAAAGACCCAGCCCCUGCAGCACCACAACCUCCUGGUCUGCUCCGUGAGUGGAUUCUACCCAGGCCAGAUCGAGGUCAGAUGGUUCCGGAAUGGCCAGGAGGAGGAGGAGGCCGGAGUCGUGUCCACAGGCCUGAUCCAGAAUGGAGACUGGACCUUCCAGACCCUGGUGAUGUUGGAAGCAGUUCCUCAGAGUGGAGAGAUUUACACCUGCCACGUGGAGCACCCAAGCCUGAUGAGCCCUGUCACAGUGGAGUGGAGGGCACAGUCUGGAUCUGCACAGAGCAAGAUGCUGAGUGGAGUCGGGGGCUUUGUGCUGGGUCUGCUCUUCCUUGGGUUGGGGCUGUUCAUCUACUUCAAGAACCCAAAAGGACACUCUGGACUUCAGCCAACAGGACUCCUGAGCUGAAGCGAAGGUGACAGCACAGAAGGAAGACCUCUCUCCCUGCCUCUCCAUGUCAUGAAAAUGCUUUUUGCUUGACUCUCAUUCCUCCGUGGUGAGAAUGUGUUCUCAGGAACUGGCUCCCUCUUGGUUCAGAGACUACUGAUUAUGACCACUGUGAUGGCUUCUUCAGCUCCUGUCCCAUUCUGGAAGCCCCAGUACUGACUUCAGCACCUUCUUUUAAUUCUCCCCGACCCCCUUUUCAUGUAACCCUUACUGUCUACUGUGCAUUUGAAGUCAUCUUGUGCCACAUUGUUUUGCUACAUUUUUCUCAAAUAAACAUGGAGUGAAACCUUACUUGCUUCACAGUUUCAAGGA